CAGUUGCUCUUUAUUGGUUGUUCUGACUCACGAGUCCCGGAGUCCGCCGUCUUCUCUUCCGAACCGGGUGAUGUUUUCGUUCACCGCAACAUUGCCAACCAAUUCCACACAGAUGACGACAACGCGCUCUCCGUCCUGACUUACGGCUUGCAAACGCUCAAGAUCCAAGACGUCGUCGUCGUGGGCCAUACUCAUUGCGGAGGCGCCGAAGCCUCCUACAAGGCUGUGCGCGGGCUUCCCGUAUCCCCUCUGAUGCCGCUUCAGCGUUGGCUCGUGCCUCUGACCACCCUUGCCGGAAAAGUUACGGACCCCAUCCCUCUUCCAAACACCCCCGAGUACGAGGAGCAGCUCCAGCUGCUCAUUGAGGAAAACGUCAAGGCGCAGGUCGAGAAUAUCACCGCGCAGAACGUCGCGGCGCAGGUCGCGGGCGUCGCGCGCGCGCUCGAGGCGCUGCGGCCGCUGGAACGACCUGUGCGCGUGCACGGGCUGGUGUACGACAUCGUCUCGCGCAAGCUGCGGAACCUCCACGUAUCGGUCACAGUAGACGAGGCUGGGUCGACAGCGUGA